AUGGGGUCGACUCAAUUCGGGAAUUUCCACCUGUUCAAAGUCAACGUUCCGCCGGGUGCCCCUUAUGGCGGCUGCGCGCUCACCGGCAUCGAGUUGAGCGGGGGCAGACAUCUCAGCAAUUUAGGUAGGAUCGGGAAGAUCUGGGAAGAAAGACGGUCGGCUGAUAUGGGCGACAGGUUCCAUAUUGCUGGCUUUCAUCGCCAUCUUGCUCUCGCUGUUUUUGAUUUGGAGGUCGGACAAGAAGCACGCCGCCGUCGGGCGACGGUAUGCAACCCCCCCCACCCCCCUUCCCCAAACAACAGGGCACUGUGUUUUUGGCCACGGGCAAGAUCAACUGACGCGAGAGUGUUCAACAGUGAGAUGCAAUUGUUUCUGCUGGGAUUCAUCAUCAUCGAGAUUUGCGAGAUCUUCACGGUCGGCGGCUUCCCGCUCCAGGAUGCGGUUCGGAAGGGAUUUUCGGCGGUGCAUGUCGCGGCGAUCGCUGCCACUUGUUGGAUUCUGCUCUUGAAUGCGCUGGUGGGCUUUCAGUUGCUUGACGAUGGCACUCCGAUGUCUCUCGGUCUGAUCUGCGCAUCUGCCGCGGUCCUCUUCAUUGGAACUGGGUACAUUGCGCUGGACACGGGAUUCAACUGGACCGGUCAUUUUGAGCCUAGCCAUUUCGGCGACAACCGCAAUAUUGGCCUCUAUGUUUUGUACCAGCUCUUCCCGCUGGUCUGCCUGGUCUUUUUCUUCGUUCUUGAGGCCAUUCUGGUACUUUCGGUGCUGGGCGAGUUCCGGCCAAUGAUCUUUUUGACCGGCGCUGGUCUGUUGUUCGCCAUCGGCCAGGUCUUCCAGUACGUGGUCAGCACCCAUGUGUGCCAGGGCACAAAUGGGAAAAUCAACGGCACCCUGUUUGAGACGCUCUUUACGCUGCUCUCGGUUGGUGUGCUCUGGAUCUUCUGGAGCAGUAUCACCGAGGACGACUGGCCCCUGCCCGUGGGAGGUGGCUACAACUAA